AGGGAGGGGGAACAGCACGCCGACGCUAUACGCUCUCAGGAAGCGGAGAAACCGCUGAGAUUCCCUUAGAUAGUUUGUGUCCCGAUUUUUUUUUUUUAAUUAUUUAUUUUUAUUUAGCUGACUUUGUGUUAAUAAUGCUGGAUGGUCGCUCCGAUGAGAUUCACCAAGGACAUAUGCAGGCUGCUAGGGAUCGCUAGCGAAUCAUGACAAAGGAAUGGACAGUGGAAAGGAAACCUGCUUUCCCAAGUGGACUUCAAAUCGAGUGAAUGAAAAAAUGACCCCACUGAGCGCAGGGAGGAGCAGAUGGAUUAUGGGGAAGGAACUUUGGACAAUAGUGCAAGAGGCAUGACACUAAUACAGGAUGAAGGGAUGAGCCUGGAGGAGAGUCUCGGUGAGGAGGAGCGAGCCAGACGAAAAGCAGAAAAACGACGGGCCAAAAAAAAGCGACAGAGGGAAAGAAAGAAACUGGAAAAGGUAAAAGAGAGCGAAGACAAUGAGCAGGAAGAAGAGGAAGAUGAGGAGGAGAGCGAGAGUGAGGAGGAGGCUGAGGAGGUGAGAGAGCUGGUCUCGCACAGCAUGGGGAGAGCCACACAGCCGCUGGCUGCCACAGGGAACAAGAACAACCACAAAUCCAACCACAGCUCCACCGAGGAGGAACCAGAGUGGGAUGUAAACAGUGCUUUUGUAGCCAACGCUGCCAGUCACAUCAAACCAAAGAGCCGAACCAAAGCGAGUCGCAUGUCCAAAGAAAACAAAGAGAAUGAGGCCAAAACUGGAGAGGUGAAUGGUACAGACACAGGCACAAAGAGGAGCACACCUUUGGCAGAAAAAGGGAUCAAGUUGGUGGAGCAAGGGCAGUAUUCUCAGGCAGUCGCUAUGUUUACAGAAGCAAUCAAAUAUGAUCCAAAGGAUUACAGGUUUUUCGGGAAUCGCUCGUACUGUUAUGAAUGUGUGGAGCAGUACAACUCUGCACUCGCUGAUGCUGAAACAUCAAUCCAGCUCGCUGCUGAUUGGCCAAAGGGCUAUUUCCGGAAAGGGAGAGCAUUAAUGGGGAUGAAGAGGUACAGCGAGGCAGUGAAAGCCUUGAGUGUGGUGCUGAAGCUGGACCAGAACUGUGAGGAUGCUGUGAAUGAGAUCUUCAACUGCAGAGUCCUUCAUCUCAUGGAGCUGGGGUUUAAUCUACAGCAGAGCAUUCUCUUGUUAGACAGGUUCACCACAGUGCAGGGAGUCCUGGCCUCUCCUGAAGCUGCCAAAGUGGCGGCUGACCUAGACUCUUUGCUGGACCAAUCUGGAAACCCUUGUGCCUCUCUCUGGGUGGGGAACGUGACGGUUGAUGUAAAGGAGAAACAGCUGCGAGACCUGUUCAAAAGUUAUGGAGAGAUCGACAGUAUUCGUGUUCUCCACGAAAGAUUCUGUGCCUUUGUGAAUUUCAUAAGUGCAACAGCAGCGGCCACUGCGAUGGAGAAGCUGCAGGGCAAGGAGAUUGAGAGCACCAGGCUGGUGAUCCGCUACCCAGACAGACGACCCCAGCGAGACCCCGCUUCACCACAGAGGCCAGCAGUCUUUCCGGUACCUGCGCCUGCACAGCCUGCCAAACCCCAGCCAGCAGCCACUUCCACCACCGGGCCCAGGCGCAAAGGCCCCGUUCACAGAAAUGAAUGUUACUUCUGGAGAACCACCGGCUGCCAUUUUGGAGACAAGUGCCGCUUCAAACACAUUCCUGAUCACCGCGGGAGGGACAAGAAACCUUGGCAGACCUGAGAAUGUGUGCUGUGCACACUGCCACAGGGCGGGCGGGAGGCAGGGUGGGAGCAGGGUAAAAGUGUGAUAAUUAAAGUUUGUCUGGUAGGUGGACACUGAUGUUUGGAAUAGUGUUUAGGGGAGAGUACCCCUAAAUCCUACCCCUAAAUCACAAUUCUCAGUUAUUCACCCAACAGCACACUCGCCAGCCCAUUCUUCCAUAAUAAUAAUAAUGUGUCUAAAUGAUUUUAGAAAGACUUCCUGUUAUCAAGAUCUCAGUCGCACAGUACAAUAUUUAAAUUGCAAAGUGUGGUCUUGAAAGCUCACUCUCAGAGUGUUUUAAUCCCAAAUAAAUCUUUUGAGGAUGUCUGUUUUAGAGAUGCACAAGACAAGCCCAUAGACACACACUUGAGUUGGGUUAGUGUUCAUGGUUGGGAGAUCAUGGGCUAUGAAGGUAAUGAAACAAAACUAGACUACCAGAGCAAUAGUAUUGCACUUUCAUUAAAAAAAAAAAGUGCUUAGACUUCAUGUGGAAUCCACAGAACAAGUGCCUUCCUUUAUCUAUCUAUCUAUCUGUCUGUCUGUCUGUCUGUCUGUCUGUCUGUCUGUCUGUCUGUCUGUAUGAGUGUGUGUGUUUUGGCGUUCUAUUUAAUAGUCUUUUUACUUUAUAAAGAUGAACUUUAACCCUUGCACUCUUCCUCAUCAACGCUAGAGAUGGUGUGCAUGGCCCCAUCGCUUCCACUUUGUAAACAGAAAGCUUAAUGCUGCUGUUUCAAUAGCGCUAUUCCACAAUACCCCAACCCCUUUCCCCUAAAAGUAGCGUUUUGCAAAAAAAAGAUGCAAAACCUGUGUAGCAAAAGCUUUAAAAAAAUGAAAAUGAUUUUUUUGUUCUUGCACUCCUGUGCCGCUGUUUGGUGUUGGUUCUAGAAGCAGAAUGCAGAACCCUGUUUGUGAGGACAGAGGUGCUAAUUACCAGCAGUUCAAAUCAGAAUCUGUGAAAGCUCUUUCAGGGGUAUUGUGUAAUACUACUGUCUAUAGACUGGGCCUGGGUGUGGAUUUCUAGAUCCCAGCUAUGGAGCCCUGUCCCUUCCACACUAUCUAUAAACUUGGCACUGCAGUAAUUCAUAGAAAAAAGCAGAAGUUACAAAAAUGACUUUGUGUUUAUUUCGGUAUGGCAUUUUUUGUAGCCGUGGUUUCCCCAAUAUAAUCUAUGCAAGAGCACUUUUAAAUGGGAAAUAGUGGGUUCAAUUAAGUUUCCCUUUGUAGACUUUUAUUAUGAUGCUGUUGAAAAUGUUCUUAUUUAAGUUACUGUAACUGGUAUGAAAACUUACUUCAGAACCUUGUUACUUAAUUGAUUCAGGCCACCAGGUGUCAGGAUCAGUCCUAUAAUUACCCCCACCCCGUCGCAGUUCUGAUACAGCAGAGAGCUCAAAGUAUUGCACCACCAUGUGGAUGGAAAGUCUAAAGACCAAAAGACCGAGUCCACUGACCGCCCCUCCCCUUAAAGGUACAGCAACAUUUGCAGAGUAAUAGAAAUACCUUUACUAGCGGUUGUGUAGUAGACCGCACUUCAAGUUUGAUAACUUUAUCACUAGAUUUAUUUGGCACGCUUUUAUCAGUAUGUGAAUCAUAGCUUUUUUUCUGCACAUGGUGUGUUUGUUAAUGGCCUGUAUUAAUCCUAAAACUGAUUGUUGACCACUGCACAUUUACCGUUAGGCUAUGUGUUUGUUGUUUUCUUACUGUUUAUGAGAUAUUACACAAACGUUUUUGCAACCAGAGCUUUUCUGAGGAUGCGUAACUAAAGUUGUUUUCAUUGUGGGGCUGUUUAUUUUGCAGUUUCACUUUUGAAUUCCUGGUGUAUUCUUUUAAGGGCUGUGGGGGUGAUCUGACACUGAACAUGCUGUCUAGCUUAGCUAGCUCACUUACUUUACUUUGUGCUUGCUAGCUUAGCUAGCUCACUUCCUUUACUUUGUGCUUGCUCCUUCGAGAUAUGCAAAGAAAUCAGAUUCAACUUUCCCCAGUCUUUGGAAGUAAAGACACAGUUAAAAUCCCAUUUGAAAAAAUCAAAAUAAUCCUUUAAAGGGAAAGUGAUUUUUAGCUACAGUAUUUCUUUUUUUGCACAUGCCUGUUGAUUUUUUUUUCCUUUUAUUUAUGUAUUUAUUUUCGUGCUUGAAGCCCCAGUUGCCCAUCCCAUACUGCUGUGGGCUUGUAUUAGGGGGCUAACAGAUCAAUCGAAUGGGACCAGCAACAGUGCAAUCAGAACUGUCCCAUUACCUCCCACAUGUACAGUGGUUCAAAAGUUUACAGAGAGGUGGGAAAGUAAGCAAUGGUACACUGCAGGUAGCAACAGGAGACUGUGGGAAGGGGAUGGUAUGUUUGGGCACAUAUCAAAAAGGGGACAACUGUGCCACCAGUUUUCCAGCUGUAAAGUGAUCAAAUGAUUUUUGAAUCACCCUAUAGACAGAGCUGUAAUUAUUAUUUUUUUUAUAGUAAAAAAUAUAUAUAUAUAUAUAUUUUUUCUUUCUUUCUAAGUACCAGAUGCUGGCAGCUGCAUUAAAGCAAAAAGCUGUCUUUGUGGGUUGACUGGUAUGUUACCCAGAGUGUUACUGAAGAACAGAUUACAGUGAUAUUUCUCAAACCCCCACCCAGAGGUUUACUAUCAUGAAGGUUUCUGGGAAAACACUGUUUUAUGUUAUUUUUUUAUGCCGAAGCUGAUAUUUCUAAGCGGUUUGUUGUGGUAAAUGAGAAGAGAAGCACUCUUCAAACACUGUAAAGAGGGCGGCUGCAUCGGCUCAAAUAGGUACAUUUUGAGAGUGUUUUUAACAUUUUGUUUCCCCUAAGUGUUAGUUAAUGUGUCUGACUGCACUGCUGCCAAAAUGUAAAUAGUGCAUACAAUGUAUUUUAAGCUUUUUGUUUCAUCUGCUUGUGACUGUUUGUUUUUAAAGGGUCAGUGGUGAUGGUCAGUGUGCCACUCUGCUGUGUACUGGAGAACAAUAAUAAAGACCGUAUUGAACAAAAAA